GUCCAACACGGAUCAAAAAAGCAAAAGAUUGUGUGAGAGAGACGUCCCGUGGUUGCGCCUGCUUCACAGGUGGGCCGCUCGGGUUUCUGGAAUACAACCUCUUCGUUUUGUUUCUCCCAUUAAAAAGACGGUAACUCUAGAGCGCGCGGUUUGUGAAAAUGGACAGUCUCUACUUCAUCGGCAAGGCGCAGUUCCACCAGCUCGCCACCCACAUCUCGCUCUACCACGAGGAUAUGUCCGAAGGCUACAAGCUACUCAGCACGGACGCCCUCGUGGCGGUGGGGUUGAAGCCACACAAGUUCACUUACUGGAACGUUCCCAUGAUGAGUGGGUACUUAGGCAAGACCGUGCCGCUGGACAUCCACGGCGGCUACGUGCUCAUUGACGAAGAGAAGGUGAUGUCGAUGGCAACGAGCUACGGCAUGCUGCGCUACGCUCUGCUGACCAGCGCGGUACGGGCCAAGGAGGGCGGCCGCUGGAGGUACGAUUUUAUGACCAUGAACGUCACCCUUGCCAUGGGCGCCGCGACGGGCUUCACGCUGCUCUCCUUCGGCCGCAAGAGGUUCGGCUGGAUGCGGCGGCACCCCAUCGGCUGCGUCGCCGUCAGCUUCAUGACGGGCCUUCUCACGACAGUCAUUGCCCGCCAGGGCGUCAGAGGACUUGGCAUCGGCAUCGUGCAGGCGCAGAACAGCCACAAGAAGGCACUAAACCGACUGAAGUGCGUGGACUGCCUCGAGGACGUGAACACGUACACGUUACAUCAGAUUGACGAACUGCGGGAGCAGAAGCUGCCGCAGCAGCCCGGCAUGCCGCCUCCGCCAGAGGAGCACGUCCAACGCUUCAAGAAGAAUGUUGAAAUGCAAUGCAAGUUGUUGGAGACGGACAUGGACGAGGUGCGGAUUAUUCGUAAGUGGACCGCCGGGCAUCUCUGCGACAUCCACAGGCAUCUUCGCGAGGACCCAAACGGGUAUGAGGAGCCCCACGGUCUUGUGCUGCUCGCCUCCGAUCGCACCAAAGUCACAGAACGCCCGCCGCUUGUGACGGAGUCGCAAACAAGCGAGAAGAAGGUGGAAACGAAGUCAUGA